AUGGUUCUCACCAAACCUGACACAGGUUGGUCCUGGGUAGUCAUGACAGCAACAUUUUGUAUUUUAACCAUCCAUGGUUUUCUUGUUUAUGGGUCUGGCAUGGUACAGAUAGCUCUGUUCGAAAGAUUUCAUGAUAGUGUGGCCAAAACUUCAUUAGCAGGAUCUUUGUUAACGGGAUUCUUAUCUUGUUCAGGUAUUUUAGACGGGGUGUUAAUCAGACGAUACAGUUGUCGACAGGUUGCCGUCAGCGGUGGAAUUCUAAUGGUUAUCGGAAUUUUCCUCAGUGCCUUCAUGACGUCAUUGAGCUGGAUAAUAUUUACCUUUGGUGUUGUUGCAGGUUUUGGAGCUGGUAUACAAUAUACAUCCAUGUACAUUACCAUUGGUUACAAUUUUAAACGAAAUAUCAACCUUGCAUUAGGCUUCGCUUUAUCGGGUUGUGGUAUUGGAACUUUCGUCUUUACUCCAGUAUUCGCGUAUAUUAUGACUGUUUAUUCAUUAGAAGGAAUUUUCAUAUGUUUAGCAGGUUUAUCGUUGCAAAGUAUUGUUUUCAGUGUAAUGAUAUUUCCUUCUAGUCUAGAAAUGAAACAUAAAUCAAAUUCUACAAAUACACGCAAAGGAACAAACAGUCAAGAUACAACUUCGUUUUGUGUGAAUAUGAUAAAAUUAUUUAAAACAAGAUCUUUUGUAGUCUUACUAAUUAGCUUAUAUAUUGCAAAUUUUGGAACCUAUAUAGUCUACAUACACUUGGCUAACUAUACCACACACAAGGGAAGCACAGAAAUGGAGGCCGCUUUACUUCUGUCUAUAAUAGGGUUGUGCUCCUGUGUAUCAAGGAUAUUGGCCGGACUUGCUUGUAAUUCGGAAGUCAUUGAGGAACCAACACUUUUGUUUGGAACUUUGGGAGUAACUGGAGUUUUCACAGUCCUGCUGCCUCUUUACAGUCAUACACUUGCAGGACAGAUCGUUUUUGCCGUUGCCUUUGGACUAUACGCUGGAUGCUUGUACUCCAUAAUGAAUGGUAUAACGUUAAGGUUUUUGUCAUUAAGUGACCUCGGUAGCGCGGUGGGAAUCGAACUCGCCGUUAUAGGAGUUGGUAUAAUGACUGGUCCUCCUGCUGUAGGCUAUAUUAUGGACUCGACAGGAAACUAUGACAUUGGCAUUGUCAUAGCAGGUUUGUGCAUAAUAGCAGGAGCCAUUUUGACACUGAUAGCAGAACUUUGUAAUAAUAAGAAAAAGAAAAGAGACGAGACUAAAUGUGAUGGCGAGUUUACAAUAUCACUGACCGAGGAUGUAUUGGAGAAACUGAAGGAGGAAUGUGAACAAUGA